AUGCUCAAGAGUCGACACUUUCUGUUGGCGAGCUUCGUGUUGGUGGGCAUUACCAAUGUCUCCACGAUGGCCCAAUGGAGAGUCAGCCAGGUGCGUUUGCUAUCUUCUGAAUCCUCUUCCGAUCUCCUCCGAAUCCGACGCUCUCCCUUUAUUCGCACUCACAGACGAAGACCUUCUCGGGUACUUUUUUGCACUGGUUGCAGGUGUAACGCUUUCGCACUGUUGCUGUUGUGUUAGGAUUUCUAUAAGGAUAUAAGGACUAUGACAUAGCAAAAGUUUUGAUUUUUGUUUUUUGCACGGUGCCGUCAAAAAUAUGUCGGAAAAACAGCACUGUGCAUGUUCACUAGACCUUUCGUGAUGUUGUAGUAUGAAUACUGUAACUUGCUUAAAGCCGGCUUUAUUUUACUGUCACGUUUGAUGUAAUCUAUCUCCUAUCUUUAGCAGCAAAUGGAUAUUAGGUGGUUCAAAUAAUUCUGUGCUUCUUAACUCCGAAAAUUUGCUUUUUAAGGGGGCACAGAAUUAUUUGAAAAAUCUAAUAAUUUUGAUUUUUAACUUUAAUAUCUUUUUAAUCAACGUAUACUACACUUAAAUUUAUGUUUAACUUUUCAUUGUGACGUAUUUCCUACACACUAACAUCACUAUCAGUCGCUGUCACAGUCCUUGUCGUACAUUCAUCAGUGCCAUAUUAUAUUGUACUUGAUGUUUCAGCGACCUCUUCAAAUGUCCAACGGGUUAACCCUGAACGAUGCCAUUCAAAUAGCAUCCCUAACUGAUAUGAAGACUUUCUACUCUCAGUUGAGGCCGAUUUUAGUACCUAGGAUAGUAAAUACAGAACAACAUCGUCAAGUCGCCAUUCAUAUUCAGAACGACUUGACCAAGGCUGGGUUCCAUAUUGAGUUGGACGAGUUUGAAGACCAAACCCCGUAUGGAAAGGUGCCAUUUAGGAAUAUUAUAGCGACGUUUGAUCCACAUGCUUCUAGGAGGCUGGUAUUGGCUUGUCAUUACGACUCUAAAAUCAUUCCUGGGUAGGUGUUGGCUAUAUUUUUUUUUGUAUAGUAGUCUUAAGAUGUUUUGAUUAAAAAACUAUUUUGAGGAGGGGUAGAAAAAAUAUUUUAGAACAGUAAGGUGUGUUUCUUCAAAUAAAAUACGUUUUUUAGAGUUUUUAGAUCAAACAUUAAACAAAAAGUGAUUACAAAGGAGUAGUAAUGCUUUAUAAAAGGAUUUUUUAUAAUAUUAUUCUUGUUUUAGCAAAGUAUUCAUUGCCGCUACGGAUUCAGCAGUGCCAUGUGCAAUGUUACUAGAUCUGGCCAGGACAUUAGGGCCUAUUUUGAGGACGAAAAAUGGAAUGGUUAGUUAUGUUUUGACUUUAUAUUAUCAUCAUUUUACAUUAUUUUAGGUUUUUUUGUAAAAAAAGGGAUAAAAGAGGUUAUGGUCAUUAAUAAUGACAGAAAAGGUCUUAAUAUUUGACUAUAAUAUAUAAAUAAAAUACUGUUUUCUAAUUAUUAAUUGAAAUUUUAAACUGUUUUAUCUUAAUUUACCCUCAUUUUACAGCCAGUCACUUUACAACUGAUAUUCCUGGACGGAGAAGAAGCCUUUGUGGAGUGGAGCCGAAACGACAGUACUUAUGGCGCUAGACAUUUGGCUCAACUAUGGUCCCAGAAGUGGUACCCGACACAGUCACAUCUGUCGCCGUUGGAACUGUCAAAGGAAUUGGACAGGAUCGACGCUUUUGUACUGCUCGAUCUUCUCGGAGCUGCUCGGCCUCAGAUCACGCAUACGAUUGGUCAUGGCACCAAAGCUUUGUUUGAGGGAAUCGAGAGUGCUGGUAUGGUUUAAUAUAUACUGGUUUUUUAUUUUAUAAUGUGUUAUUAAUCUUGUUAUGAGCGAUUUUAUGAUAGCAUUGUUAUAGUUUGAGUUGGUUUAGUGUUAGCGAUUUUUUUUUCGAUGGAAAAACUGAAAAGAAACAUUUUUAUGUUGUUAUUGUCGAUUUAAAAUGCUUUUUAUAGAGUUUAUAGCGAGAGUAUACCAUCCUUUACCUUCAGAAUCGUAUUUUGAUGCACGAAUUUUGGUAAUAUCUAUCAUUUUCAGAGAGAAACCUACGAUCAGCUGGCAAACUAAAGAACAUUCCACCAAUCUUUUCAUCGUACGACUCGUAUCACGCUGUAGAAGAUGAUCACAUUCCAUUUUUAGAGCGAGGUGAGGCAUUUUAAUGCGAUUUUUGAGCUAUUGGUUUGUUCAAAUAAUUGUGUGCUCUGUAAUUUUGUAAAUUUGCUUUGAGAUGGGGCGCUGAAUUAUUUGAACAACGUAAUAUUAUUAUGUUUUAAAAAUAUUACUAUAGCUUUAUAAAAACAUUACUUUAGGUUAUAACUUUAUAUUGUAAUACAUGCUUUAAUGGCAUUUGAUUGUGUAGGUACCCCAAUCAUGCACGUAAUUCCACUGCCCUUCCCUCGAGUAUGGCACACGCCAGCUGACAACGAAGACGCCUUGGACUGGCCGACCAUUUACAACCUGGUCACGAUCACUCGAGUCUUUGUGGCUGAAUAUCUAAAUCUAACGCCAAACUAA